GUCAUGGCGGCCUCCAUGUGCUAUACCCAUGUGUGUGUGUACUGAACGGGCUGGAUGUAUCGGAUGCUUUGUAAGUCUUCAAGAUAAUUGCCAAUGUUUAGUUAUUGAAAUAACCAUUGAAUAAUCAUACCUGCUGAUGCGACUCUGAUUAUAUGUAUGGAGGGAUUGAACACGUUGUUUGGUGGCUUCCUAGGAAGCAGCGAUCAAAGUGAAAGUAGACACAAUUUCUCUAAAAUAUGGUCGCGCUACACACUCCAUGAUAUUCUGAAAUUUCUUAGACAAUUCAAAAAGAAAGAAAAUCUUAGUAUCCAUGUGGAAAUUGUUACCUGUCUCCUAAAAGAAUGUGAUGACGAAUGGCUUAUUGGAAGCUUUCAACAGAAAGAUGGGACCGACCUGCACAAAAAAAUACAUGAAGUCAUAAGUUCCGUAUUUGUGCCAACUUUUCAAAACAAGGAACAUUAUGCAUUUGAUGUCAAUGACUUUCCUUGCGUUGCAUCCUAUGCAGAGAAAACUAUUUCGUUUGUGAUAGUUUUACUCCAUCGUCUUAGAGCUUUGAGGAAUAAAGACACGCAUGCUUUCAAGUUAAUUUGCGAUAUUUGCCCAACUGCAACGAUCAUAGCAUUGGACCACGUAGAGGAAAGACUUUGGACUACAAGCAGUUCGAACAAGUCAGCGGAAAGCCUGCUUUGUUGUUUAUGUGAGCUUUUCAAUGUUGAAGAAAAUGCUAAACUGUUGCAAUGCCACUUAGUUCCAAAUGAUGAAAUUGAAAGGGUUGAGUCAACAUUACUUUACAAAAUUUUGCAGUUACUCAGAUUGAAAUUACAGAGGGAAACAUGGAAGAAAAAUCCUGGAGCAAAGUCUGUGUUUGUGUGGUGUUUGACUCAUACUUUGUUUCCAACUUUAAGUGAAUCCUUGGAGAGUGUAUUGCCACCUGCUCUUCUGUUCACAGAUGACUACAUGUUGGAAAAUAAAGUCAGUGGAGUGUCCUGUCUGAUGCAUAUCAUAAACAAUGUGUCUGCAGAAGAGUUACGUUGGUAUGGGCGAGGGGAGGUAAUUCUAGCGGCACUGCGGCAUCAGCUCUACACAACAGAACCACCACUUUUAGCCAAAACCAUUCCAGCUAUACUGUCUAUAUUAAAAGUUGUUGAAAAAAAUCCUCAAGCUGGAGAGAACGGACGACCAGUGACUAGAUAUGAUGAAAUAUACCAGCAACUACUUCAAAAUGCAGAAGGGGAAAACAUUUUGACUCUGAGGAGAAUAUAUACUCGGCAUUUGCACAGUUUUGUGGAAAUCAUGGGAAUAUCUGCUAUUCGUUACCUCAGUAACACUUUAAAAGUGAUUGGAAAUUUCCUUGAGAUAUCAGAUGGCCCAUGUGAAGAGGCUAGAUUAAGCAUGGUUGACUUGUUAAAGAAGAUCAUCAGAUGCUGUUGGCCUAGAAUUCCUCGUUACAGUAACAGUAUUCUGAAAAUGCUGGUCAAAUGUUUGUGCGACCUGUCAAUGGACGAAAAUCUGACAAUUUCAGAUGGGGUCAAGGCAGAGCUUGUAGCAGCAAUUAAAGAAACUCUGGUUUUGUUGAAGUGUCUGGAUUCAGAGAAAAUCAUAAAUCAACUGGGGCCAUUAGAUUGUGACGGCAUUCCAGAUCUUUGUAGGUCAAUAUGUAAACAAGUAGUAGAAACAGACAUCACAACAUUAAUGCAGUAAAGACCAAAAGACAUAAGUAUAAUACUUUCUCAAAUUACUAGGAAAGAACCUUGUGUCUAGAGGAUUAAAAUGCCAUAAUAUUGAUCAUGAAUUAAAACACCCAUUUGUUGGUGGGUUGAAACAUUUCCUCUAUUUUCAUUAUACUCUUCACCAGUACAAAUCACAAGUGGAUUUGCUUAACAUUUUGUUUGGUUAAUUAAAAGAUUGCAUAUUAUGUAGUCAAACUUUGAAAAAAUAAAUUGCAAUCGCAUUAUAUACAAGGAUUUUUUGCUUUGGUGACAGAGAUUUGUAAAACGAGUACACAUGGAUGACGUUCUUUUUUUUUUACAAAAAUUACCACCAUUUUGUGUUUCCCUGUCAAGUCAGUGAGUGAAAGCUAGUUUGUGUGUAAUCUGUGCACUUACCCAGAAAAUUCAAUGCAGUUAAAAUUUGAUUUGGAUUUGCUGAAAAGGGCUUUACUUACUUAUUUUGCACAUUGCAUAUAUCUAUUCACAAAAUUUCCAUGAAAUUGAUCGCAAAAACUUGAAAUUCACAUUGUGGUCGUUUGGGAAACCUCCUACCGUGUCAUAUUUUUUCCUUUAAAUUUAGGAAACAUUAUUCUAGUGGUAAUUCGAAACUUGUGUCCUAUUCCUAAUUGAUUUUUCAAAAAGCUGUUUCAUAAAAAUGAAAAAAUUGUUUGUAGCAAACUGUACCCUCAUAUAUAAUUAAAACGUUGCCACAAAGCUUCAA